AUGUCAGUCUGUUAUCUGUGUGUAUGUCUCUCUCAUUCUCUCAUCCCUGUGUGUCACCGUCUGUUAUAUGUGCGUGUGUCUGUCUGUGCCGGUUACCUGCAUUUCUUUGCUUGUGCCUGUCUUGCUCGCUCUGUUGUCUGUCUCUCUCUCUCUGUUAUCUGUGUGUGUAUCGCAUUCUGUCUUCCGGUUGUGUGUCUCUUUCCCAAGACUCUCUCUCUCUCUCUCUCUCUCUCUCUCUCUCUCUCUCUCUCUGAUUGGACAAGUGCUCAUUAUUCUCUCUCUCUCUUUCACUUUCUCUCUCUUUUUUUCUUUCACUUUUUUCUCUCUCUCUUUUUUUCUUUCACUUUCUUUCUCUCUCUCUUUUUUCUUUCACUUUCUUUCUCUUUUUUCUUUCACUUUCUUACUUUCUCUUUUUUUUUUCUUUCACUGUCUUACUUUCUCUUUUUUUUUCUUUCACUGUCUUACUUUCUCUUUUUUUUCUUUCACUUUCUUACUUUCUCUCUCUUUUUUUUUUCUUUCUUACUUUCUCUCUUUUUUUUUCUUUCACUUCCCCCCCUUUCUCGUUUCCUCUCACCCCCCUUUCUCUCUUUCUCGAAGCUGAAAAGAUUUCUUCCUCAUGUUUUUUCUUCUCUAUCCGGUUUCGUCUAUCGAUGGCCUCCCUCGAAAUGUCACCCACUUCUUUCUUUCGUCAUCCAUCUUUCUCCGUACUCAACAGACGACUGA